AUGACGGCAAGCGUUCCCAUGCCUGCUGCAGCAAUUAUGGGAGUGUCAGGAUCGAAAUCGUCAAAGUUGAAAUGACUUGUAAUGCAUAAAAUGCAUGACGUGAGGCGCGUGUGUUGCAGAGCAGGCAAGUAAGGCUGAUUGUAAGCCUGUUUCAGGUUAGAGCUCGCGCUGCUAAGGUAGCAUGAGAAAAUCAGUCUUCUUUGCCUAAACAGCAUGACAAACUGGAUUUAGGUGGCACCACCAACAUUUGUCAUGCGCCACUUGGAAACUGGGUUCCAACUGGCAUCCAGUUUAUGCAUUGCAAAUCAUUUCAACUUUGUCGAUUUCGAUCCUGACAGUUCCAUAGCAAUGAUGUCGAGCGUAACCAAGGGGGAAGAAAGGCAGAGCACAAGCGGUGCUGGUAAUAUCUCGGCCUCCAUGUCACCGGCGCAAAUACAGAGCACGACGAACCCGAGCAACAAAAUUUCCCCGUGGCUUUAUUGGCUCCUCUCGGGCGUGCAGAAGAUGGCCGACUUCGCGCUCUACGGCUGGUCGCAAGCAACGAUCGAUGUGGAGUGCCUCAAGUCUUCGGGCGUUUUUUCCUCGGAGCAAAAAAUGUUGGAGCUCUUCGGGUUUACGUUAUGCAUUGCAAAUAUGUCUUGGUCUGGAUCUGGAAGGGUCCCAACUUGUCAUGCUGUCUUUGGAUUCUAAAAAAAUUGUAUAGCAUGACGAGCAAGAGGACUCCAGUUGUUGCACUUCGGAGAAGGCAUUUCUCAUGCGGAGUAGGCAUCAGGAAGCCGCGAAAAAACCUGUGAUGCUAGGUCAUGCAUCACAGACAUCAUGGGUCAGGCAAAAUGUGCAUGACAAACGUUGGACUCUUCCAGACCCAGACAUAUUUGCAGUUGAUAUACGUUUGAUUGCAGCAAAUUUCCAAGAGUGUUCGUCUCCAAAACCCAGCCGAACACGUCGAAGGGGGCCGACACAAGGGCGACGCAGUACGGGGUCCAGGUUGGGGAUCAGUUGCUGAUGAUAAACGGGCAAAGGGUGACCAUGGUCGCGUCUUGGCAGGGACGCCACUUCCACGACGCAAUCAUGGCCAACAUCUUGCAACGCGUCACCGCGCAGAAGCCGCAGGUCGCGCACUGGCUGUUUUUGACUGGGGUAGGGAGGAAACAGUAUUUGCAGAUGCAGAUCACGUAUGAAAUGCAAAUAUGUCUGGGUCUGGAAAGUUGGGACUUGUAAUGCUAGCUCUACAUUACUGGAGGGAAAUCUGUAUUGCAUAAGCAACAAAGGACGCAGCCACUUUUGUCAUGCAGAAACGCAGUUUCUCAUGCGGACUGCCUAUGAGGAAGCAUUCUGGAAAGUUGUCAUUCUGUGCUGCAUUCGGAAGUGUUUCCAUCAUCCACAUUUUAGCAUCACAGGUUUCCAGACCCAGACAGAGUUGCAUUUGAUAUCACGCACAAGGAUGAAGUCCAGCUGGACGUGAAGAAAACCGAUUCCGGUCGCAUCGUGAAAUAUCAACUGUAAAAAUGUCUGGGUCUGGAAGAGUUCAUGUUUGUCAUGCUUGUCUGGCAUGACUCUUAAAUCUGUCAUGCACGCUACCCAAGAGCUGCGCUUUUCUGUGAUGCAGAAGCGCAGUUUGUCAUGCAGAAUAGGCAACACCUAGGAGCUCAGAAACUUGUCAUGCUGAGCCAGCAUUUGUAGCCUCAUCAUGAGACGCUACGCAGCAUCACAAGUUCCCAGACCCAGACAUUUUUACAUUUGAUAUGAAAGAUUCGCAUUUUGGCGCUCGGAUUUUGAGAAAAGACGACGAAAUAGUGGCGGCGGGCGAUUUUUUCUGCGGCGAAAGCGACAAGGAGGUAUGGCGUCCUCAACUGUUACAUUAUCAACUGUUAAAUGAAUAUGUGAUGCAAGAAUAGCAAAACUGAAAGCGGGAAGAUUGUGCCUUUUGCAUGACAGACUUGGCACAGAUUCUCGGUCUGUUUGGGCCUUCCUGAAUUUGUCAUGCGCAGCAGCUUGAUCGCGUCGAAUCUGAUUCUUGGAGUUUUGCAUGACAAAUCAUGUAUACAGUUGAGAACGUAACGUCUGAGAACGCCAUAGGAGGGGCUGGCGAAGUUGGAAAAUCUGAUGCUUUCAUCGAACAACGGCGGGGAGGGCCAGUACGUGCUAGUCCGGCGAAAAGCCGGGUUUGAGGAAGAGGCUCUAGCCAACGAGCUGAAACUCGACCGCCCUCUGCCGGAUGGGUGGCUCGCAACCGGAAACGUGCCGAUGCCACCACCGGGAUCAACAAAUACUGCGGUGGUCCUCGCUUCCUCCUCUCCCACAGGAGGAGCACAACAACUGCAAGACAUCAGCCAGCUAGGUAAAAGUCAAGCCAGUGCAAUUGCGGGUGCUGCGAAGAUUCCGCCCUGGCUAUCAAAAGGAAAAAUCCCCCCUCCCCAUAUCGAAAAGGACUAAAUUUUGUGAUGCUGAUUUGUGGUCACAAACAACCUCUGUCUUGCCUUUAGGGUAAUGGGAGCAAUGUGGCGCAUUCCACAGCCAGUCACAGUCUGUCAUGCGCUUUCGACUACUGCAAACCUGUUUUUCGUGCCUUAUUGCUAGCCUUCUGCACAUUCGGACAGGCUUAGAAAAUGCCGCCAAGCACUUUCUGCAAGACAGAUCUGAUUUGUGUACGCAAAUCCAGCAUCGCAAGCUUCUUUUUGAUAUGGGGAGGGGGGAUAAUUUUUCCUUACGAUAUUGGCUUUACUGGCUCCUCUCCGGUGUGAAGGACAUGGCGGGGUUUGAGCUUUACGGGUGGUCCCAGGCAACGAUUGACGUGGAGUGCCUGAAGUCUUCGGGCGUUUACUUAUCCUGUGCAAAAGUAUCGUAUUCGUAGUAAUUGCAGUCAUGCAUUACAAAUAUCUUCCCUAAGCUAAAUCCGCAUGACGAAUUUGAUCUCUCAUGCUGAGGAAAUUUGUAAUGCAUUUAUACGAAUGCGAUACUUUUGUAUUGCAUAUUACUCCUCCGAAAACAAGAUGCUCGAGCUCUUUGGGUUUACCUUCGACUGCAGUAGAUUUCCAAGAGUUUUUAUCCGAGAAAAAAACGUUGUUAUUGUAAAUUUGUGAUGCGCAACAUGCAAGACGAUUGCGUCUGUCAUGCUUGGCAUGCGUCGUAGGGUCCAUUAAAGGGCGUGCUCCCGUACUAUCUGCGCAUGACAGGUUGUUGCUGUCAUGCCAGACAAAUUUGUAAUGCUGUUCCUCCAAAAUUAAUAGUUACACCGUACAAUGUUUGUUUCUUGGAUAGUUUUCGUCUCCAAGACGCAGGCCAAAACGGCGAAAGGGUCCGACACAAGAGCGACACAGUACGGGGUCCACGUUGGGUAUCAAAGAAAAAAAGGUGUUUCUACCGCUACACAUUUGCUCUUGGAGUUUCAUCUGCAUCGCAAAUUUUCUGUGGCUGAGAGUAGAGAAAACGUGCAAGAAGAUCUUAAGGGAUGAAAAUACGUAGGAAACAAAGCUCCCAGGCCUAUACGGCAUGACAGAGGUUGAGGUUGUCUCUAUUGCUUGGUCUGCAACACAAUGUCGUGUAACUGUCUGUAACACAACUUCUUUCACUGCAUACGGGGGAUCAGCUGUUGAUGAUCAACGGGCAAAGGGUGACCAUGGUCGCGACUUUAUCAAAUGUAAAAAUGUCUGGGUCUGGAAGAUUAGAACUUGUCAUGCUAAAUCUGAAUCGUGCGAAAAUCUGUGUUGCGUGAGUACCAAAAGCUGUCCGCUUUUCACCAGGUUGAGAGGGAGUUUCUCAUGCAGGAAGGGCAUGAUAGAGACCUCAAAGAAUCUGUCAUGCUGGGGCUCGCAUUCCAGACCUCAUGGGUCAUGGAAAACCUGCGUCACAAAUCUUGCAUUCUUCCAGACCACCCAGACACUUUUGCAUUUGAUAGACUUGGCAGGGACGGCACUUUCACGAUGCGGUGAUGUCAAACAUCUUGGAGCGUGUGAUGGCGAAAAAGCCCCAGGUGGCGUACGAAAGUGCACAACUGCCCCUGCCCCUCAUUUGUCAUGCAAAAUUCCGAAUCCACACUUUGCCUGUUACCACAGAUAAUUGCAUGACAGAUUCCGGAAUCCAAAACAGUACGUACAAUCGAUCCUCUAGAAAUUUGUCAUGCAAAAGCUGCAUUUUUUCCAGCGCGUGUGUUGCCGUUCCUGCAGCACAAAUGAGGGGCAGGGGGAGUUGGGCACUCUCAUAUGACACACUGGCUGUUCUUGAACAGCAGUGGUAGGAAGCAAUAUUUUAAGAACUGCAAAAGUAUCGUAUUCGUAUAAAUGCAUUGAAGUGAACCGGUACCCACGGGUGUUGACCGAUCGACCUAUUGCCAGCUAGGGGAGCACCCAUGCGGUGGCAGGAUCCAGCGCCCCUAGGUCGGGGGCGCUCCUGCCUUAGCCGUAUGGGACCCCGUGGGCAGAAGUAUCCACUCGCGCGCCGCGCCCGUUCUAGUUAGGGUCCAUCUUCGAUUUUUCUUCUCUUCACCAAUUCGACAGGUCAAGCAAAUCAUUUCACGCAGUUCGCUCCGGCUACAGUGAUCUACCUAAACUUCUAUUUUGAUUUUACAUUGCAAGGUGGUGAUAAGUUGAGACACUAUUCACCAGCUAUUUACAAGCAGGAACAUAGAUAGUACGUUUAAACAGUUACUCGCUCGCCUAAAGUAGAAGCGAGCACCCGAUUGAUUUUACAUUGCAACGUACAAAUGCAUUACAAAUUUCCUCAGCAUGAGAAAUAGAAUUUGUAAUGCGGAUUGUGGUUAAGAAGGAGAUUUGUAAUGCAUGACUGGGAUUGCUACGAGUGCGAUGCUUUUGCAUUUCAUACAUUUGCAGAUGAUGAUCACGCACAAGUCGGAAUUGCAGCUCGACGUGAAAAAAUCGAAAUGCAAAGUCACCGCGGAUUCCCAUUUCGGCGCCAGGAUUUUGAAAAAAGACGACGAAAUCGUUGCGGCAGCGGACUUCGUUUGCGGCGAAAACGAUAAAGAGGGACUGGCGAAGCUGGAAAAACUCGUCGCGAAUAACGGGGCUGAAGGCCAAUACGUGCUCGUUCGCCGGAAAGCCGGUUUUGAGGAGCAAACUUUGAAGGCCGAACUGAAACUCGACCGACCGCUGCCGGAUGGGUUAUCCUGUGCAAAAGUAUCGCACUCGUAUGGCAAUCAUGCAUUACAAAUCUUUUCCUUAAGGGAAAUCAGCAUUACAAAUUUUAUCUCUCAUGCUGAGGAAAUUUGUAACGCAUCUAUGUAUACGAGUGCGAUACUUUUGCAAUGCAUAUGGGUGGUUGCUCGGCAACGUGCCCCUACCGCCGGACUGGGAGAAACAAGGGGGGAGUAGUAAACAAGGAGGAGGUCUUAUCGCAAGAAAAAACUGUUUCACUGUGAACUUGUGAUGCAGAGAACGAAGCACCAAAGUGUUUGUCUUGCUACACCUGCAAGACAUUGGAUCUUCAAGCGUGUUUUCCCUUGGAAAGCGCGCAUGGCAAAUUUUCCGUGUCAUGUGUAACAAACUUGUGAUGCAGAUCUUGCAAAACCACCACAGUGAAACAGUUUUUUCGUGGGAUAGGACUGACAUCCUCCACCUCGAACAUAAUUACCUCCGCAGCGGCGCAACAAGAACAGAAGCAGCCGCAGCAGUCUGGAGGCUCCACUUUAACUGCUAGUGCUUCUACUUCUUCCACCACCCCGCCGCCCUGGCUGUAUUGGCUCCUCUCUGGUGCGAAAGACAUGACCAAUUUUGAGCUGUAUGGCUGGUCACAAGCUAGCAUCGACGUGGAGACCUUGAAAUCCUCUGGCGUGUAUUCCUCCGAAGCGAAAAUGCUGGAGUUGUUCGGAUUUACCUUCGACAUCAGCAAAUUUCCGAAGGUGUUCGUUUCCAAAACCCAGGCGAAAACGUCGAAAGGGACCGACACACGAGCCACGCAGUACGGGGUCCAUGUGGGGGACCAAUUACUGAUGUUAAACGGACAGCGGGUGACCAUGGUCGCGACCUGGCGGGGGCGGCAUUUUCAUGACUGUUUGAUGGCAAACGUGUUAGAACGCGUCGAGGCGAAGAAGCCGCAGGUCGCGCACUGGCUUUUUCUGAACAAAAACGGACAGAAGCAAUACCUCCAAAUGCAGAUCACACACAAAGACGAGGUGCAGCUGGAGCUCGGUAGUAUCCUGUGUAAAAACAUCCCCACCCCAGAGUUGUAAUGCAAAAUGGCAUGCCUAAAAUGUUUCUCAUGCGCAGCUCCAUGAGAGACAUUUUCUCCUGCUAUCUGGAAGCUUGUGAUGCUGGAAUCAGGAUAAGGCAGUCGAUUUGUCAUGCGGCUGCACUACCUCAAACAGCACUACACUACGAGUCCAAUAAACUUGUCAUGCGAAACAGCCAAAACUUGUUGAUUUGUGCAGCCAAAACCAUAUUGACUCGGGUGUGGGGCCGUUUUUACACAGGAUAAGUAGUGGAGGUUCUUCUUCCAAAAGCACCAACUCGUUGAAAAGUACCAAAAUCCAAAGAGAUUCCCACUUUGGCGCUCGAAUCUUGAAGAAAGACGACGAAAUCGUGGCUGCGGGUGAUUUAUGCACUGCAAAUAUCCCUGGAUGUCUGGAAGGAUGCAAGGUUUGUCAUGCUUGUCUGGCAUGACUGAAGAGUUUGUGAUGCGUGUCCAAGAACAAGUAGAGACCCUUUUGCUUGUCAUGCAAAAACGCAAUUUGUCACGGGGAAAGCGCAACACAAAGUAGCACAGAUAUUUCUCAUGCUUCGCUGUCCAUUACAGAGAAUUCACUACUCACAACUCAGCAUUACAAGUUUCCAGACCCAGAUGAAAUAUUUGCAUUUGAUAUGAUUUCUAUUGCGGGGAAAACAACAAAGAAGGUUUGCAGAAAUUGGAAAAACUCCUUCUCCAAGGAGGGUCGUCAACGUCAUCUGGAGGGAGCGGAGGUGUGGGAACCUACAUCCUGGUUCGGAGGAAAAAGGGUUUUGAUAUCCACAAAAAAACAACCAUGAUCUUCCCUAUCCAAUUUGUCAUGCAGCCCAUGUAUGAAGUCCUGCUCCUGUGUUUGUCAUGCAUAAAAUGCAUUUGGUUUCGGAUGGUUGUUUUUGCCUGGAUAUUUGAAAAAGAGGUUUUGAACUCCGAGGUCAAACUGGACCGGCCGGUUCCGGAGGGGUGGUUGGCGUCGAAUGUAGUUGUGCCAUCAACUUCUUCUACCCCGGCAGCAGCUGCUGCUGCUGCUUCCGCAAAAGUUGUGAAUGCCGGGGCGGCAACUGCAACAGCACAAGCGCCUCCAACCGGUGGCAGUAGUUCCCCCACAGCAGGUGGAGCAGCAGCAUCAACAUCAACUUCCCCCGCACCAACAGGGAAAGUGCUUUACACCCCCGACCAAGGUCCCAAAGUCACCCUCGUCGCGCCCACCAACGCCCUGCCGCCCGGAGCGAAGAAAAGUGGGAAAGCGGCGCCGUUUCUGUUCGCGUUGCUGAUGAAUUCCAUGUCUUUGACCAAAGCCGGACUGGUCUACUGGGAGCAAACCACGAUUGACAAAGAAGUGCUGUUCAACGGGGCACAGAACGGGUUAACGCCGAAGGAGCGCAUAUCGCACGAAAAAACUGUUUCACUGUGAUGAUUUUGCAAGAUUUGCUUCACAAGUUUGUCCUACAUCACAGAGAAAAUUUGCCAUGCGAGAUUCCGAAGGGAAAACACAACUAAAAAUCCAUUGUCUUGCAUGUGUAGCAAGACAAACACAUGUGUGUUCCGUUCUAUGCAUCACAAGUUUACAGUGAAGCAGUUUUUUCUCACGAUAGCGCAUGGCGAAACUAUUCGGCAUGGAGCUGGACUGGACCCUGUUUCCCCUGUAUCAACUGCAAAAGUGUCUGGGUCUGGAAGAGUCGGGGCUUGUCAUGCACAUUUUGCAGGAUCCGCGAGGUCUGUGAUGCUGGUGCUAGCAACACAGAUUUUUUGAGAGCCUUUUGAUGCUAGUUACUCAUGAGAAACGCCCUCUCCGCGUGCCAAGAGCCGAGUCCUCUUGCUGCUCAUGCAACACAGAUAUCUUUAGAAUCCGCAGACAGCAUCACAGGUUCCACUCUUCCAGACCCAGACACUUUUGCAGUUGAUACCCUGGUAAAAGUGACGAAAGUGAUCGGGAGUAAGCAGAACCCGACGCGGGCCUUCAAUUGCGGGGUCGAAGUGAACGACUACUUGGUCAUUGUCCACUACUAUGCAAUGCAAAAGUAUCGUACUAGCUGUAGUAGCAUACAUUGCAUGCGUGCAUGACAAAUAUCUUUCUAAACCUGAAACAGCAUUACAUUUUACAAAUUCCACUUCUGUUCUUGCCGACAUUUGUGAUGCAAGUUAUACUUUACUAGUAUGGUGCUUUUGCAUUGCAUAACUACCAACGCAUGACGAUGGUGAUGCAGUGGAAGGGUGUCGACCCCAACGACGCGAUCCUAAACGUGAUCGGAAAAGAAUACCAAGCCGCGGAUAUCCUGUGUAAAAACGUGCCCACCCCAUAGUCAAGCUGGGACUCUGGCAAGACAAAUCGAGCAUCUUUGAGACUCACGCAUGACAAGUUUGCCUACGCAGUGUAGUCGUGCCUGGCUAAUUCAAACGCAUCACAGAAGAUCCAGUCUGUCAUCCUGAUUAGCGCAUGGCAGAUUCCCAAGCGCCACUAGGUAAUGCCUCUCAUGGAGAGCCGCAUGACACACAUUCAGAGCAUGCAGAUCUGCAUGACAGCUACGGGGUGGGGACGUUUUUACUCAGGAUAGCGGAAAGUGGCGGAAAACUCGGGGAGAAAAAGAUCGCGGCUUUCAUCUUCUUGAAGCAGGCCGCUUAUAAAGAGUACCUCCAGGUUUCCGGGAUAGAAGACCUCGACUUGGGGAUCACGAUGCACGCGACAAACGGCGAGAUCGUCGAAGCAGUAAAACCAAAUUCCUGGGCGGGAAAGAUCGGUUUGCAGAAAGGAGAUGAAGUCACGGUUUUGAAUAUCAUAUGUAAUAACGUCCCCACCCCAUAGUCAACUUGGGAUCUUAGCAACACAAAUCAAGAAGUUUUCGGAGCCACGCAUGACAAGUUGCAGUCCGUACUAGUGUAGUGCAGUUUAGCAAGUGCACCAGCAUGACAAAUCCAUCUGCUCAUCCCGCUUACAGCAUUACAAAUUCCAAAACGCGAUUAGAAAUGCCUCUGCUCAUGGAGAUGCGCAUUACAAAUCUUCCUGUAAUCGCAAAUCGGCAUGACAACUAUGGCGUGGGGACGUUUUUACUCAGGAUAUUGAAUGAUAAAGUGAUUCCGGGAAAACAGAAGUAUUACCAGCUCGUCGCUGAGCAGCUUUCGGUAUCGCUGCAGGAAAAAACUGUAGUUUCACUGGUGUAAACUUGUGAUGCAUAAAGAGGAGCACAGAAGUGAUUUGUCUUGCUACACAUGCAGCAAGAAAGUGGAUGUUUAGCUGUGUCUUCCCUUAGGAAGCUUGCAUGGCAAAUUUUUUCUGUCAUGUAGAGCGAACUUGUCAUGCAAAACCUGCAAAAUCCUUACAGUGAAGCACUUUUUUCGUACGACAUUCGGAGAAGGGCAGUAGGCCGAUCGACCUGCUGUUCCGGAGAAAGGGAGGCUUUCCGGAGAAGGUCAAGAAAGAAAACGACGACGAUUUAUCCCGCCCUCUUCCGGACAAGUGGAAGCAGGCGCUGAUGAUGGGCAAGUCCGGGUCGGCGAAGCAAUUGUUUCUGCCGGACAAAAACGCGAAGAGUUUCUCCAUCGCCCGGAAGAAGGAGCGGAUCGAGACGGGCGAAAUUGCGCUAGAUUCCUACGUAUCAAAUGCACAAAUCAAAUGUCUGGGUCUGGAAACUUGUGAUGCAAGACAGUCAACAACAAACUCAUUGUAAUGCGCUACCAAGCAUAACAAGUUUUUUCGUGCUUUUGUGCUGCGUAUUUCGCAUGAGAAACUGUGUUUUUGCAUGACAGGCGAGAGAGGAUGUUUGUGGCCACGCUAUACAGAUUUAAGGGCCAUGCCAGAUCAGCAUGACAAGUCUCGCAAUCUUGUUCCAGGCCCACACAUAUUCGCAAUUCAUACUACGUGGAAGGGUCGGAAGCCGGAAGCCAGCUAAAAAUCCACGUCGGAGAUGCGAGUCUUCUGAAGAAAGCGCCCGCUGCGCCAUCGGUAGUGGCCGCUGGGGCGGCUACAGGGAAAUUCCCUUCAGCAGUUACCAAAGCUGCCUGGAAGAAGAGUCUGAAUAGAUCGAGUCUGGAGGAGGACGACGACGAGGAAGAAUCCUCCGAGGAGGAGUCGUCAGAAGAGGAAGAAGAUGCGGAGGAAGAGAACGGCGCAGAAAAUGCAUCCCAAGCGGCCGCCGCCGCAGCAGCAUCCGGUACUAGUAGCUCAUCGAAAAAAGUGAAAGGAAAAGCAGCUGCAAUCACCAUCUCUCCCCCGACAACCACAGUUGCGGCGGCUCCGGUCGUGCUAGAACCUGCAAAGGACCAGGCAAAAAUGAAACCCGUUGUCCCUACCGCCGCCCCUGUGAUCCAAAUUAUGCCCAGCGGGUUGACAAAGAAAAAGCAAUCUUCAUCCGGUCCGACAGUGCAGGUGAUGGCACCGGCUGCACCUCCAGGAGCCGCGAGUGUUCAACAUCAAACCGGUACAGCAGCUGGAGCAGCCCCCUCUGAAAAUAAACCAGACUAUCCCCCCUUCCUCCCGGCCUUGCUUAUGUCCUGCUCGGAUGUCGGGUCCAUGGGCGUGAAGGGUUGGUUCUAUCGCAGCAAAAAACUGUUUCACCGUGUUAAACUUGUAAUGCGGAAAAUGUAUCUGAGAAGGGUUUGUCUUGCUACACGUGCAAGACAGUGGAGCUUUCGCUGUGUUGUUCUUGAGGUGCAGCCUUGUAUGGGAAAUUUUCUCUGCUAUGUAGUAGAACAAACCUGUGAUGCAAAACUUGCAAAACCAAAAUCCUUACAGAAGUGAAACACUUUUUAUUUCUUGCGAUAGGUUCCACAGUAGAGUCAACGUCGACAUUCUCCGCGAUACGAAAAUGUCUUCAGAAGAGAAAUUUCUCCGGUUGUUUGGCUUCGUGUUGGAUUGGACGAGGUUUCCGUUUGUCUACGUGUCGAGAGUCGAGCCCAUGACCCCGAUAUGCAGGGCAAAAGUAUCGUAGUCAUUAGUAAUUGCAGUGUUAUGCGAUUGCAAAUCUUUCUCCUAAGGUCAGGCAGCAUCUCAUGCUGAUAAUGCAAUUCAUACUACUACGAUCAUGCUUUUGCAAUUCAUACCCGAGCAACCGGAACAAGUCUUCGGCGAACAAACACUGUGUCCUCGAAAAUGGGGAUCUGUUGAUCAUGGUAAACGAGGAGAAAGUGACCACCGUGCCGGAGUGGCUGAAGCUGCAUGACCAGACGGACAAGAAGACCACCGAUCCGCACCACGCGAUUUUGAAUAACAUCGAUCGAAAGCUGAAAGAUUUGGAAAAGCAAGGCAUGAAGGGCAUGGCGCACUCCGCGGCGUUUGGUUUCUUGAACAAAAUCUACAUUCCCGCGUAUCUACAAGUGACGGCCGGGGAAGUAUUGCGAGGAAAAUUUCCCCCUCCCGCUCCCCAUACUGUUGCAGCGGUAUACUUCUAAAAAUUUGUGAUGCUGAUUUGUGACGACAAAUCCUGCCUCUUUUGCAAGAGGGCAAAUCCAGAGAAAAAUCCGCCGCAUCUUUGUGCAGGUGGUUUGUAAUGCUGCCACGCCUACAUGUGCAUGGCACUGGCAGGACUCUGCUAUGCUAAACACCAACACCAGAACACCCCUACGCAGGCUGAGGCUCUGCCUGCAGUGCCUCACUGCAAGACAGAGCUGAUUGGUGUACACAAAUCCAGCAACAGAAAUUUCCGUUUCAAUAUGGGGAGGGGGCUUUUUUCACUGUGAUAGGAAGACUUCCGCAAUCAGCAGCUCGGCGUGACUGCGAUGCGCGACAACUCCAUGCAGACCAGAACGGUGACGGGUGUAGCGCCCGGGUCCUGGUUUGAGAAGCAGGGACUAACUGUCGGCGAUAUCAUUGUCGCGGUGAACAAUGAGUUGGUUCAAAACAACAAACCGCUCGUUGACACCACCCUCUCCGCUGCCGGGGUAUGCAAUAGUACAAAUUUCCUGUACAUGUAGUACAAAGGGCAACAUCACAAAUUUCACCAAUUCGGGGGGGCGUAACACUUGUAAUGCUAAACUAGGAUCGAAGCCCAGUUUUGCCAUGCAGAGACUGCAUUUGUACGUCGUGUACGGGAAAUUUACUGUGGAUACAGGGCCCGUCCUGCGCACUUUCUCAUCUUCCGCCGCGACAGCGCGCCAUUUUCGGAACAUAUGCAAAGGAAAAAGUGGCACAGUUACACAUUGUGUUGCAAAGCAUGCAAGACAGACGACCUCUGUCAUGCGCACAAUGCUUGCGAGUCUCGUUUCGUGUGUGUUUUAUUUGCCUUGUGAUCUCUGCAUUAUAUGAUCAAGCGAGGCAAAUUUGUGAUGCUGAAUUCACUACAAAUGUGUAACUGUAACACUUUUUUCCUUGGAUAGAACAGCACAGAGCGAAAGUGCAAACCGAUUUGACGAGGCAGCUACCGGACCCGUGGGGGGUGUUUUUGCAAGACAAAGCGAAAAACGCCUCCACCUACAAUCCACAAUCGAUCGACUACAAGCCCCUGCCACCCCCACCGCCGAGUAAGGACAACCCAACCGGGAAAGCGCCGAAAAACUCCGCGGAGGGUUUCGCCUACGACUGGCAAAAGAGGUAUGACACGAUCGGAUCGCAGAUUGGGAAGGAAAAAGUUGCCGAGUUGGACAACGAGGGGAAUAAGUAUCAAAUGUAAAAGUGUCUGGGUCUGGAAGAUUCUGACACUUGUCAUGCACGUUUUGCAUGAGCCAUGAUGUCUGUGAUGCAUCCCCUAGCAAUACAGAUUUUUUGAGGGCUUCUUGGUGCGUAUUCCGCAUGACAAAUGCCUUCUCAGCGUAGCAAAAACUGCCUUUCUUUUGGUACUCAUGCAAUACAGUUUUUUUUAGAAUCCAAAUUCAGCAUGACAAGUUGGAUUCUUCCAGACCCAGACAUUUUUACAGUUGAUAAUAAGAUGGUCAUAACGAAAUUCGGGUCCGUCACACAAGCGGACGCGAAGCAGCCGCUAUGCAUUGCAAAUAUGUCUGGGUCUGGAAGAGUGUGAUGCUGCUUGUGCAUGACACAGAAGCUCUGGCAUGCAAGUCCUAGCAUCACAGGUUUUGAGCAGGCUUGUUUCGCCAUGCCUAAUCCGCAUGACAAAUACCGCCUUUGUGUGACACGAAGUGAGCAGCUUUUGCGGUCCAUGCAUGACAGAUUUUUGUCUGGUAUGAAACGCGCAUCAGAAGUUUACAUGUUUGCAGAGCCAGACAGAUUUGCAUUUGAUAGCCCCUUGCAAAGAACAACAUGCUCGUUCCGAAACAGAAUUCGAAGUUCAUGCAGCUGCCUACGAAGCGGAAAUUUGACGCGGUGGCAACGAAGUCGGUGAGUGAGGAGAAGAUGAAGAAGUACAAGGACUUUUUCGCCGAAAAUGCGCUCGUGAAACUGCAACGGAAGAUCCGGAAACUGCUGCGGAAAAAAGACGACGACGAGAUCGAGAAACACAUCUUGUACUUGCAACGGUGGGACGAAUCUUUGACCGUCGAAGCAGCACGGGAAGUCGCGGAAGCGACGAAGCAAUACAGAUCCGCAAUCGCGUCUUCCGCGUUUUCCUCUGCGAAAAAGAUGGGCGUUGCGGAAGAGCGAGAGAAGAAGCGAACUGCUUUGGCGAAGCGACAAGCAGCCAGCGGAAAAGGACCGGCGGCAGCUCUUUCGAGCAAACCCUUAACCCAAGACGAGAUCAAGCGACUCGGGAUUUCAAAGCGACUCUCCGGGAGACAGCUACUUAUCAAAUGCAAAAGUAUCGCAUUCGUAUAAAUGCAAGUCUUGCAUUACAAAUCUUUGUCUUAAGGUAAAUCCGCAUUACAAAUUUCAUUUCUCAUGCUGAGAAAAUUUGUAAUGCAUUUAUACGAGUGCGAUACUUUUGCAAUUCAUACUACUAGCGUCGAAAAGAUUCAGGAACGCGAUGGAUGCGGAGACGAAAAUUUUCGUGAUGAACACGGAGACCAUGCUGGAGAAAGCGAAGGCAGUCGCUGACAACGUCAUCAAGGACAAGCAGAACAAGAAUUUAAAUCUACAAUCCAACCUGCCACUCCAAAGGCAGCACUUGGCGAAACUCCACGAACAGAUGGAUUUGUUGGAGAUGCAGAAACCGUUGACCGUGGUCGCGGUUUCCAAGCAGUCGAGAAAUUUACUCCCGCCGCAUCUCGAAGCGGCCAGGACCAAGGCGAUGAAAUACUUGAGGUCCGCGGUCUUAUCCGCUUUAGUCGUUUUGAAAAACCUGUACCGCUUCCUUGCCGGCCCGAAUUCUCUCUUCGUGCCGAGAACCACGCAUGCUGGGGUGAAAUCGCUGGUGUUGCAGAUUUUGGUGAGUAAGAGAAACGGGGAGAAAAUCGAGAGCGAAACCUUUGCGGAGUGCGAUUACAGGUUGGAGAUGCUGCAGAAAACGGUCACGGACUUGUCCGAUCUGUUCACGAGUCCAAUGGCGCAAUCGGAGAUCAAAUCGGACAGGGACGUGAUCAGCAACCGCCUGAACAUGAGCGCUUUUCACGACACUUCCAUCACUUGGCUGUUCCGGGAGGCGGGGGAUGAGAUCCUACGGACGAAGCAGAAGCUGUUGGUGCUACGGUCGAAAUUGGAUGACUCCCCGGCGGGCAGGAAUAAAGCGAAGCGAUUUGGGACGGUUGUGCCCGGGGAAAUUGCGGACAGUCUGGGGGUAUCAACUGAAAAUAUGUCUGGGUCUGAGAGGAUGGAACUUGUCAUGCUACCUUUGGACUAUACAUAAAACCUGUAUUGCAUGAACAGCAAAAGAGGUUGUACAGUUUUUGCCACGCCGCGAAGGGGGCACGGGCACUUCUCAUGCGGUAUGAGCAUCAGAGAGCUCUCGCAUAAUGUGUGAUGCUCGGGAAUGCGUCACAGACUUCAUGGGUCAUGGAAAAUAUGCAUGACAAACUUGGCCCUUUAUUUCCAGACCCAGACAUAUUUGCAGUGCAUAAUGGGAAAUGUUGCUGUCAAGGAAAAUGAAGCUGAAGGACGUGAGGCAGUUUUUUGAGGAGUAUGGGAGGGAUGUGAAAGUAUUUUUGUGGUUUAGGUAUUUUUUUUCGUCGUGUGCAUUUUAACUGUUUUCCAUAUACUUAAUCCAUUUCCUCUCUGAAGAUUUUUUCCCUAGUGAUGUGAUGGUUUGCGAUGCUUGAUGCUGCUGCCACGUGACGGGCGAUUGCGUUUUUCUUCAUCAACAAAUAUGUACACUACACAUAAUCCAUCUUCAUGUUCAUGAUCAGGUGAAAGCCGAGCGCCGACAGCUCCGAGCGGAGGAAGCUAGGAACACUGAGCCGAUUUACGAUUCCCUUCAGGAGGGAUACGACGACUUCUCUUCGGACGACCCAGACUCCGACCAGGAAGGCAUGGGCGCGAAAGACCAGCCGGUUACCAUGGAUGAUAUGCAUUGCACUUUUCUCAAAAAUUGUAAUUCUGCUAUGAUGAACUAGCUAAUCAAGUAAGAGAUUUCUUGUCAACAUGCAGAAGUAUUGAUGCUAUUGCUACUUCUAGUAGUACGGUACAAGAACUUUUGCAAUGCAUAAAUGAUAUCCGGAAGCAAAUCGAAUUAGAAGACUCCCCGGACCGAGACGCGCAGGUGCUCGGGAAGAUCAUUGGCAAUGCCGCGUGGUGGCAGAGUUUCGGAACAGCAAAUCCGAUAUGGCGUUCUCAAACGUUACAUUCUCAAUUGUUACAUAAAUUUGUCAUGCAAAAGCACCAUCAUCAUCCACGCGAUCCAGCUGCUUCGCAUGACAAAUUUGCCUCGGGCUAAGCAGCACCUAAAUCUGUGCGGAGUUUGUAAUGCUAAAUGUGCAGCCUCCCCCCUUUGACUUUUGCUAUUCUUGCAUUGCAAAUUCGUGUAACAGUUGAGAAUAUAACGGUUGAGAACGCCAUAUCCGAAUGAGAGGACUUUGAAUCGGAGCAGAAUCGGCGGGAAAACGCCGGACAAUUUCGGCCUGUACGCAACACCGAACGAACCGAAGUAUCAAACGGAGAUUAAGCUGUCGGAUUUGGAAACGGUGGCGUACCAGCGAUCGCGGUUGAAGAAACAAACGCGGCCGGGGAACAGAACCGGGUUCCUGAAGGAGCAGAUGGAUCUGGCAAAGCCACCGGUUGUGAUAGGCGGAGCUGGUGCUGCUGGGUUGAGUAAAUCUGUGCAGUACCUGUUCUAUGAAGAUGAGGAGGAGGAAGUGGAUGAUGGUCGUCCUGCUGGUCUUUCGCUAUCGCAGCCAGGAGAACAACAAGAUAAGUCCUCUCCGCGUGUUUUUGAGCAGGAGGAAGAAGUCGACGACACCGCGAGUAAGAUCCAAUCCGAGGAAGGUAGCAGCGACGCAACCGAGCCAGUGCCGGAUAUGUUUGAUGUUCUUGCGGAGGACGAGGAAGCAGCUCCACCAGCGUUUGAAGAGGUAGAUGAGCAGCAACGGGAGCAGCUACAACAGCAGGAGCACCUCCGCCGGGAUUACAACUGGGAUAAAAUAAAUUUCGACCAUGAUGAAGAUUCAUCUGAAGGUGAAAGCAGCAGCGACACCUCUCCCAUGAAAUGGAAGCUCGGGGAAAGUUUGGAGGGCUCGUUUGACGACGUGGCCGAGGAAGAUGAUCAAGAUCAAGCGGGUUGGUCGCAAGCACACAGCUCUUCAUCUCUAGAAGAUGAUAGCGAAAACUUCCGCAAACACCUGAACGAAGACGCCGCCUUCGAGAGAGAAGUUCUAGCUGCAAGUAGACCUCCCCGGGUGGAGUUUGGCCGAGCAUCGACGUAUGUCCAAGAAGAAGAUGCCGCUCUGUUGGAGGAGCAGGAGCAGCAUCAUUUUCAAGAGCAGAUGCAGAACAGCAUCAUUUUACAAGAUGAAUUUGAAUAUCCUCGCCGGCGUUACGGCCCGCCAGCGCCAAGGAGGACUGAUGAUCAUCUCAGACAUCUUCCAGGACGAGCGUCAAUCACGGAAACAAAAUUCUUCUUCGAAGGUUCGCACGAGGCCCCCGCAGUAGAAGAUGAUCCGUUGUCUUCAGAUGGUGAUAACGACGAUAAUUUUUCAACAUCUCAACUUUCGGAGGCUUUUUGUUCUGAUGCGGACUUGUCUGAUGAAGACGAGGAGGACGAUGAACUCCUGUCUGCGUCGUUGUCAAUAGGCAGCAGGGCUGCUGCACGACCGGGAGGUCGACUGGGCAAUGCAGAUAGAAAUCCCACCGCAACAAGAAAUAUCAUGCGCUCCGUUUCGAACUCUACCAGCAACUACUCAUCUCUCUCAAGACCACCUACGAAAAAGACGAGAAACAAAUUGCUCCCCAUACCAUCUGUGUUGGCAAUUCAGCAUGGCAACUUUGGCGACUCUGCGUCUUCCUCGCCGUCGUCGUCUUCUUCGGUGGGCAGCUGUCAGCGUCGUGUGGCCGGGGGGAAGUGCGGUUAUGAUGAAGAAGAUGUUGGCACCAGAUCCCUCGCAGCAGGCUCUUCCGACGGGGAUUCGAAUUCGUAUUUCGGGAGGUCUCCCGUCAGCAGCACCCCAGCGUCCUCAUCCUCCCUUCGGAAUAAAAAGAGAAAAAUCAGAGCGGAUUUUUUGAACUCAGAUCUCGAGGACGAGCCGGGUGAACAAGAUGCUGGUGCACGGAGCAGUCCAGACGUCCGCUAUUACCGCGCGGAUUCCAUGUCACCUCCUAUCGGGAGUCGGCGCGCGAGGAAUGUUGACAGCGACUGCUCGUCGAAGCAGCAUGACGAAGGAGAGCUUCUACAGCCGAAGACCGAAGAACGCCAUUUGUCUGCCCCACUGCAGCCUCCAUUCAUGGAAGGUACGCACGAGCGUAGCAACGUGAGUUCGAAGCAGUCGCAAACGUCUUCUAGAACGAUUACGACCCGCAUUAACACCGGGACGGCACUGCACGUGCACCAACGGGAUCCUCAGCAGCUUCAUCGGGAGCAGCGGCCUGUCCUGACGGGCUCUUCGGCGUCGUCCUCAUCCUCUUCGAGUAACAGAGGCACGACGAGACCGGGUUCUUCAAUGUCUUCGUGGCAACGAGAACGACGACGAGGGGAGGAACUUUACAACCACUCAUUGGCCGUCGGUGGAAGAUCAGCAACAAGAACACAGGAGUUGUAUUCUCAGCAGGUUGAUGUCAAAAAUAGCGUCCCGACAGCAUCUUCUUCUUCAACAGCCUCAGCGUCAGCCUCAGCCUCAGGCAGUCAACGACGCGUGGGCUGGAGCGUUUUGUCGAGUGGACACCUGCAUUUGCCACAGCAUCAUGGUGGACGAGGAUCUGCAAUGGGCACGGACCACCCCCGUCAUAGAAGUCCUCUCCCAGCACCACAUUCCGCAACAGCUGCGUCGAGUAGAAGCGCAGCGUCGAGAAGAACUACGAAGAAGCAUCAAGACAAGGUCUUCCUUUUCGCGAGCGACGCUGUGCACAAACACGAAGAGGAAUGGGAAGAUUCAAGUGAUGACGACGAUGAUGGCGCGUUGGAUUUCCACGCCCCGGCCGCAAAAUUGCUGGACGAACACCACUACGCAUUGCAAAAGUAUCGUACUCGUAGUAAUCGCAGUCAUGCGUAUACAAAUCUCCUUCUUAGCAUAAAUCCGCAUUACAAAUUUCAUUUUUCAUGCUGAGGGAAUUUGUCAUGCUAUUUCUACUAGUACGAUGCUUUUGCAUUCCAUAACCACGCUGCGGCGACGAAAGCGGGUAGUAGUACAGUAGGAGGUGUAGUUCCCUCGACCUUAGUGCCCCAGCACGUCGCGGGGACCUCUAGUUCUGAUGAGCUGGAUUUGGACGGAGGAAUUUCCACUUCUACUGUAGCGGCGAAAGCAAAUGCGAAGAGUGGGGGCGCAGCUGUUGCUGUUGCAACUUCUAAGCCAGCACAAGCACCAGCUUCCUCGUCAACAGCGCCGUCCACCGCUGCACAGUUACCACAGCCCCCCAGUACAAAGGCGGCGAAGCCUGGCGCACCAGCAGUAGUACCACUACAACCACAAACAGCUCCGCCUGCUGCGAAGGUGAUAGUCAAAGCUGGGACUGCAAAAUUAGUCGCUUCUUCGUCCUCAUCGGGUGACGAAGCGCUGGAUUUUCACCCGAUUUAUCACACCAAAAUGUGCAGCUGUCAACGACGUUAGGUAGAUCUUGUCACAGGACGAGGUGGUAGUCACGCAUGAGAAAUUUUGCCUAGCGUCUGUGCUAUGCAAUACAAGUUUUAGCGUGUUAGUGUUUCGUUAUUUCUGCAUGCGCAACUGCAAGACAAAUUUCGCUUGAUUGAAAUGUUAGCACCUUUUGGUAUGAUACGAUUCCAAAAGCCAACGCGGCCGCCGCAUUUCUGGAUGAGCAUCACGCCGCGGAUAUCCUGAGAAAAAACGUACCCACACCAGAGUCAGGAUGGGGAUUUUGCAACGCAAACCUAGGGGUUUUGUGAGUCACGCAUGACAAGUUGCACUCUGCAGUGUAGUGCAGGUUAGCAAGUGCAGCCGCAUCACAGAUUCAUCUGCUCAUCCUGUUCACAGCAUCACAAAUUCCAAAACACGAUUGGAAAUGGCUCUCAUGCGGAUGCGCACUACAAGUCUUCCUGUCUUUGCAAAUCUGCAUUACAACUCUGGUGUGGGUACGUUUUUCCUCAGGAUAGCGGAAAAAGCGGGGAGUACCGUGAAGCCGCACGAACUAGUGGCGCAGCAUGUAGCCGGGACCUCGAGUUCUGACGAAUUGGAUUUGGCGGUAGUCAACGCGAAGGCAAAAAGCAGCACGGGUGCAGCUGGAGGUGUUGUUUCAUCAGCACCGUCGACUGUUGCAGCCCAGCCUCCGGCAGCAGGAGGAGGCGCUUCUGGAGGUGCGGCAAAACCUCCUCCUGCUUCGGGGGUACGAGGUCCUGCAGUUGCGGCACCUCCAAAAGCUACGAAGGCUGAGGCAAAAGGAGCUCCGAACAAGGCCAAAGCACAAGCAGGGGCUAUUGCAGCGGGAGCUGCAGGAGCUGUUGUGAAAACAACCGAACAAGGCGAUCAAGAAGAUGAGCCAACUUCUGACGAUUUGGACUUCGAGAAGCUGGAAGAGGAGAAGAAAGAGGAGGACGCAGCGAAGGCGAAGGCGAAAGCCAAAACUGGUGCAGCCGCGCCACCAGCAGUUGUAGAACAAAGCUCUUCCUCUUCUGGGUCGUCGUCCGGCUCUUCCUCCACCACGGGAGAUGAGGACGAAGAAACUUCUGCACCUGGUGCAGCCGCAGGAUAUCGAAUGCAAAUAUGUCUGGGUCUGAAAGAUGGCAACUUGUGAUGCUGCAUUUGGAUUCCAGAAAAAAUUGUAUUGCAUGACCAGCAAGUAGAGGAGUCGACUUUGUGCUACGCGGCGGAGAGGGCAUUAUUUUUCAUGCACUUUACGCAUCAGAAAGCCCUCAACAAAAAGUCUGUGAUGCUAGGGCAUGCAUCACAGACAUCAUGGGUCAUGCAAAAUGUGCAUGACCAGUCUUGCAUUCUUGCAGACCCAGACAUCAUAUUUGCAAUGCAUACAGGAGCAGCAGACACAACUUCUGCCGCCGCCCGCCAAACCCUCCCUGACGCCGCGACUGCCCUCGACACGGUACCCGCUACGACCCCCGCACCGCCGUCCCCUUCUAUCCUGAGUAAAAACGUCCCCACGCCAGAGUUGUAAUGCAGAUUUGCAAAGACAGGAAGACUUGUAAUGCGCAUCCCCAUGACGAGAGCCAUUUCCAAUCGUGUAUUGGAAUUUGUGAUGCUGUGAACACGAUGAGCAGAUGAAUCUGUGACGCGGCUACACUUGCUAACCUGCACUACACUGCGGAGUGCAACUUGUCAUGCGUGACUCCCAAAGCUCCUAGGUUUGUGUUGCAAAAUCCCCAUCCUGACUCUGGUGUGGGGACGUUUUUACUCAGGAUACCUUCCUCCGGUCCGUUAAGUUCGCCGAAGUCUUCGCCCCCACCGGCAGCGCCGAAAGCUGUUGGCGGUAAGGCGGCCGCGAUAGGGGCUAAGAACAAACCGGCUACGGCACAUAAACACCACCACCACCACCACCAUCAUAAAAAACCUGGAGCAACUUCUUCUUCUGCCGUUUCUGGGAACAAGAAGUCGGCUUCUGCUGCACCAGUCGGAGGAGGACCUGUUCCAAAAGCCAAGCUGGUAUCGGCGCCUGUGAUAAAAAGCCAGCUGGUGGUCGUUGCACCUUCCACGUCGGGGGUACAACCAGCGAAGCAAAAGCAACCACCCGGCGCGAGUGUGAAAUUCUCCGUGCCGGAAAUAAAACAAUACAGCAUCUCGCCAACGAGUAAUAGUUCUUCCCCACAAGGAGGUCAAGGUCAAGGAGCUCAACCCGCUGCGCAGCCGAAAACUACAACCCCGGUGCAACAGCAAUCCAUUCUUGGCCAGAGUACCGCAGCCGCAUCGGGGACAACCACGAAAGGCGUCGCAGCGGCUUCGGGAAAAACAGCAGCAGGGGAAGAAUCUGCCUCUCUGCAGGAGCUCUCGGUUGUCGAAACUACAAAUGCGCAACUGCAGGCCAAAGCUUCGCCACCCACAGCACAAGGCAAAGCCUCCUCAGCACCACCCGGCGUUCCUCUAACAAGUCCGCGGAGCCUGGGUGGCGUCAAGCCCUCGGGGCGGGUGACAAGCGCGGAAAAUGAGAGUCAGAAUCAGGCUGUUGAACUUAUACCCCGCUCAGGUGUUACAAUCUCAAGCGUUGCAAUAGAAUAUGGAGAUCUGUGAUGCAAGAGUGCAUGAUCUGGCCAACUCUCAUGAGAUUGCGCAUGACAAGUUCCAGAGCCCCAAACCCCACUACGAUCUGGCAAAAUUUGUAUUGCAGAAAGUGGAACGCUCUGCAAGUCUGUCAUGCUCAUCAGGCAAGACAAAUCUCAGGUUCUACUGUAACGUUUGAGAUUGUAACAGCACCUGAGCGGGUUAUAACACUGGAUCAAAAGAUCGAUUUGUCCUCGUCUUCUGCGGAGGAGAGGAAGGUAGAGGCGGAAAUCAAGAACCAGGUCGUUGUGAAACAACAAAGUACUAAACUAUCUUCGGAACAACAAUACGAUGAGUCGAGCUCCUCUCCAGAUGAGUUGGAAGAUACGAGUAAGAAAGAAGACAACAAAGCUGCAGCUGCUGGUGUAACAUCUAGCUCCUCUGCUGUCAAGGCUGGUGCUGGAGCCGCUGUUGCAAGUACCACCUCAGCAGGGGCGGGCACAUCAUCGGCCGCAUUGAUUGUGAAGCCCUCAGGCGCGUUACCAUCAUCGGUCAUCGAGCCGGUCGGGGCUGCGUCCUCGGCCUCGUCGUCUGAAAUAGAACCUCCAGCAGGAUCUGGUACUAGUGCACCGAAACAGACCUCAACUAGACCUCCACAGAUCUACCAGCCUAAACCAGUGAUAUCGCAGUCCCCAGGUGGAGGUCGUGGUGACAAGAAACCGGAUGUUGAACAGCCCCUAGUAACCGUAAGCGAGGCGAGGCUAGCCGCGGCGCGACAGGCCGCAAAGGAAGAGGAACGGAGGCAGUGGGGGCGGAAGAUCGAGCAGGCCAUUGCGCAGGCAAGGAAACAGUGCGCGAUCCUUGCAAUGGAGCGGCACGACGAAGUGAAGCGCGGCGGGGUGGUAUGAGAAUGCACAACUCGUCGUCCCCUCGUCCCCCUCAAAUUUGUCAUGCAAAAUACCAAACCAACGCUGUGCCUUUUUGCAUCGUCUGCAUGACAAGCUUAUUUUGUAUUAUCCCAAACAGCUGCACUAGUACCUGCCUGUGGUCGUGCGAAUUUGUUAUGCAAAAGCUGCACUCUUGCUGACGCUUGUAUUGCUGUUUAUGCGAUACGAAUGAGGGAGAGGGAAACAAGUUGUGCACUGUCAUAGGUGAUUGCCCUGCGCGCACUGGAGGUGGAAACGCACGCAGUGUGGAAAAAGAAGCUGAAGGAGCUGCGCUCCUACGCAGAUUCGGUCGUAGGCCUCGAGGACACGAAUCUGUUCCAGGGACUAAAAUUGGACAAACAACAGCAGGACGCGCUGGAACAAGAAAUUAUGGAGCGGAAUAAGCAGAAAAAGCUAAACGCAGAGAAGGACGCGGCGAAGGAUGCUAGCAAUAGUGCACAACAAGCGCAGACAAAUCAGAAAUCGUCCUCAUCAUCCUCCAAAGUCGAUCUCGAAGAAGCUAUUGAAAAAGAGAAACAAAAAUCUUCCUCCCAGUUGAAAGAGUUGCAAACCAAGUUUGACGCGCAGCAGGAAUACAUCCAGCAGGUGGAAAACAUCGUGGAAGUUUUGCACAACGCCCGCCAGCACGAUCAGGACCAGUAUCAGGAGAAGGUGAAAGAGCUGAAGGUAUCGCGAGGAAAAACGUCUCCACCCCAGAGUUGUAAUGCUGAUCUGCAUUCUACUGAAAAUGUUUUUCAUGCGGAGACCCAUGAGAAGCUGUUUCUUUUGGUGUUGUGAGAUUUUUGAUGCUCAAAUCCGCAUGGUAUGGUAGAUCUUCUGUGACGCUUCUGCACUAGCUAAACGCACCUACAUUGCGAGCCCAAUUUUGUCAUGCGCAACAGCCAAAGCCUGGUCAUUUGUCUAGCAGAAUCCCCAUCUUGACUCUGGUGUGGGGACGCUUUUCCUCAGGAUAGAAGGACCGACUGAAUGAGGUCACGAAGCUUCUGGCGGAAGCGCGACAGCAAUCAAAGGAAAAACAGACAACCAUCGAAAAGUUGGAAAACUUCCUGACCGAAAAACAGCACUUAAUCGAAAAGCUGCAAGACGAUCUGAGGGAGGUGAAAACCGAGAAGAGAGAGAUGGACGAGCGGUUGGAAAAGUUUAAGAAGCAACUACCGAAGGAGUUGGACGUGACUUAUCGCAAGACAAGACUGUUUCACUGUAAACUUGUAAUGCAGAAAAUGCAUCUCAGAAGUGUUGGCCUUGCUCCUGCGCAUGCAAUACUUACAGCGCAUUUCUCGCCGUGUUUUUCUCUUGGAACCUCGCCUGGCAAAAAUUUUUUUCUGUCAUGUAUGACUUGUGAUGCAAAACUUGCAAAAUCGUUGCAGUGAAACACUUUUUUCUCACGAUAUGACUGGGUCGUUGUUCAAGAAGCCGGAGAAGGAGAUUGAGUACAUCAGCAGCAAAAUUUCCAAUCUGCAGAUGGAAUUAGAAUUAGCGGUGAAGAAGGACGAGAAGUCAAAAAAUCUGUUAAAGUAUCAAAUGCAAAAGUGUCUGGGUCUUGAAGAUUGCGAGAUUUGUCAUGCUUGUCUGGCAUGACCAAAAAGUUUGCGAUGCGUGUCACAGAAGAGACCCUUUUGCCUGUCAUGCAAAGACGCAGUUUGUCAUGCGAAACACGCAACACAAGGAAGCGCAGAUAUUUCUCAUGCUUGGCGUGCACAAAAAUGGUUUUUUACUUGUGAGAUGUAAGCUGUUCCGAGUACGUGUAAUUACAGAGCAUUCGCUAUUCCCAACGCAGCAUUACAAGUUUCCAGACCCAGACAUUUUUGCAUUUGAUAUAAAGCGACUGCAGGACGAACGGGAAACACUUUUCGAGAAGCUGCAGAAGCAGGAGGACCAGAACAAGCAGUACAAGAAAAUUCUCGAUGAGAGAAAGGAAAAACAUAUCACACCAGAAAGUGUUAAUGAUAACGGAAUUUAGCAUGCAGGCAUGCACGAGAAAUCAUGCCCAAAUUUGUAUUGCAUAGCAUGCAUGAUAGCGAAAAUUUGCCAUGUAUGAGUGCAAUGCCCCAAAACCGUUAAUGUUAACACUUUUUUGCUUGAUAGAACACGAAAAAUUGGCGGACAAGUACGAAGCCGAGUACCAGAAGAUGAAGGUGAGGAAUAUGGAUGUGUCAGGAUUGAAAUCGUCAAAGUUGAAAUAGUUUGUCAUGCAUAAAACCGACACCAGUUGGCGGCCAGUUUUUAAGUGGCGCAUGACAAAUUUAGGAAAAGCCUAAAUCCAGUUUGUCAUGCUGUCUGGGUAAGGAAGACGCUCUUUGUCAUGCUACUUUAGCAUCUCUUUUUUUACCCCUCAACAGGCUUACAAUCUGCCUCACUUGCCUACCUUGCAAGGCAGGCGCUUUGUGUGUUGCAUUUUAUGCAUCACAAACUAUUUCAACUUUGAAGAUUUCAAUCCUGACACUUCCAUAAGGAGCGAAAGGGAAGUAGAAAAGCUCACGGAAGAGCGGGUACGCACGGAGAAACAGUUGCUGCUGCAAAUCGACAUGCUGGACCGGGAAGUGAAGCAUCUACGGGAAUGGAACGAUAAUUUGGCAAAGGGGAUGACCGUGGGGGCAAGACCAAAAUCGCCCGGUAUGAUGAAUACGUCCUCAUCUUCCAGUAUAAAAUUUUCUUUUCGACGGACGAUUUCACUUGUUGUUGUCACUCUCUCAUGGUCACGACGCGCUGGCCACAAUAAAAUCAACUGUCUGCUUGGUUCAAAUUUCAUGUCGUUUUCUUAUUUUUCAUCUAGAGAUGAAUUAUCGUUCGACGUGCGGUUGUUGCUACGCGACGUCGACGCAGGAGCUUGUUGUAGCUGUACUAGUUAUCACUCGAUAGAGCUGGAAGGAUCAGGUCAGAACUGUUCAUGAUUCAUUUUAUCAUUUUCAAAUCGAACCAUCAGGUCCCGUGUCGGUUUCAAGGACCACCAAGGCUCAUUAUGGCAAAGCCUCUGACGUAGGCUCCCGCGGCGCGUCCUCCUCAUCUGCUGCUGCACGAGGACCUCCAGAUGGAGUAAACGUGAAAGCGGCGAAAAAGGAUCUGUCCCUGAUAAACAAGAAAAUCGAUACUCUGAUCGAUCGGAUCGGUGCUGCGGUCACUUCUUCAUCGCCGGACCAGUCGCGGUCCCCUAUGAAAGCCUCAGAACGGAAAUCCUCAAAGUGGAAAUAAUUUGUGACGCAUGAAAUGCGACGCAAAAAAAACUGUAUUGCAGAGGACGCAAUGGAGCCCCAUUAUUGUCCUUCUACGGGUUAAGAAUUGGAGUGCUGAUUGGCACGAGAGAAGGGCACCCCUUUGCGUUAACCUGCAUGACAGACAUGCUUUGAGUGCCAGGGGGAUUUGUCAUGCGCCUCCUAGAGUUGGCGCUUCAACUGGAGUGGGUUUUUGCAUUACAAACUAUUUUCACUUUCUUGAGAAUUUCCACCAGGAGCCUGAGGCUUUCAUAUCUCCGGCCCGCAACAGCCCGGCGCGACCACCGAGAACCAAAAGAGCGGGCGGCGUUGCCGAAUACGGAUUGUGA